AUGGACAACAUGGUGGAGGAUAACGAGAAGAAGAAUUCCACUUCUGGAAUGGGAGGUCCACAGUUUACCUCAGACCUAACUACUCAACCUUUUAGUACUGAUUUCACAUUUCAGAGAACUCUUUUCGAUACUCCUCAAUCUUUGCUGUCGUCUCCACAGUUUGAUAUGUUCUCUCCAUUCCGUAGUCAGUAUUCUCGUGGAGUUAAGGCGCGUUGCACUUAUUGUCAGAAGGAGAUUACAACUAAUGGUCCUAAGUUCCGGUGUUCUCAUAAUAUCUGCCACAAAUGCUUGGAAUCAUGCCCUGGUAGAAAAUGCCCAACAUGCAUGAGUCCUCAAACGGAACCUCUUCUGUUCCCUCCAAAAAUGUUUUUGUCACCUACGAUGACUCCUGAGCAUAACAUUUCCGAUCAUACCGAUAACGCACUUUGUUCUCCAACACCAGAUCAGUCUCUUUCUUAUCAGAAUGUUAAUGGAAUUAGCGCUGCUCUUCAAAAUUCUUUGAAUCUCGGAAUAAACGAGAUUCAAGAACCUUUCAAUCUCUGGGAUACCAGUAGCAAAUCAAACUUGAAUACUUCACCUGUGUUUGAUACCUUGAGCGCUGGAGAUGAUCAUCCUCCAGUGUUUUCACCUGUGGGUUCUGACUGUUUCAUACCACCCCCUAGCAGGUCUCUGUACUGCUCUCCUUGCGGAAACGAAGCAAGAGCUAAUGCAUAUUGCAUGAAUUGCAAUGAAAUGCUGUGCAGUGUCUGUGUUGUAGCUCAUCAACGUGUGAGAGUUACAAAGGAUCAUACUGUUAUUACACUCGAACAGUUAUUCAACAGAAACGGAUCUCCACGAAAAGGAGAUAGAAGUGGAAGUUUAUCUGCUGCUGGAACUUCUGAUGAUUCAUCAUCUCGACCAUCUUCUGUUUGUGGUACUCAUGAAGCUAGAGUUCUAUGCUCUUGCGAUUCAUGUGGUGGCGCAGCUUUGUGUUAUCAAUGCCUGCCAUACCAUUAUAAGCAUCGAUUGAGCCCUCCCAGUGACAUUCGAUCAGCUCUGAACGUGUUGCUUACUGAAGCACGUUCAAGGGAAAAAGAAUUUGAAGACGUUCUUAACGGUAUAUACCGAAUGAAUGAAAGAAUAGAUUCUUCGGCUCAAAGUGUAGCUAGAGAAAUUAGAUCUGUAGUACAUGAACAUAUCAACACGUUGGAAGAGAGAAAGCGAGAUUUGCUACAGAAACUCGAGACCAUUCGGCUAGACAAACUUGAUGGAUUGAAAGCUCAAACUGAGCGUGUAGCUCAUGAGAAUCAAACCUUGCAAUCUAUACUGAAAGCGGUUGAGGAACUUCCAAAUGAUGCAUCCGAUUCUAUGUCUCAACUUCAUAUUUGCUUCGAACAGCUGCUCUCAAUUUUUGCUAGUCCAUUUUUGCCUGCUCCUCAGGAAGUUGAUACGUUAAAGUUUAUAAUAGACGAGAACAUCUUGCCUAAGAUCGUAGCAUUCGGUGUUCUUCUUAGUGGAGCAUCACCUAAAACUUCUGCGUUGAAGGGUGAAACUGUUCGUAGCGUUGUUAAAGAUAGGCAAUCAACAUUAUAUCUUCAAUUGCGUGACGCCUGUGGUGAUUCCGUUCGAUCAGGAAGCAUCAGAGUUAAUCAGGUCUCUGCAUCCCUCCUUGCUCCUGAUGGAACUGUAGGAGAAGUCAAUAUCAGUGAGAGCGGUGGUGGCGUUUUCUCUUUGACAUUUAUUCCAGUUAAAGAUGGUCGUCAUUUACUCAAUGUCGCUGUUCGCGGUGUCCAGAUUAAUGGUUGUCCUAUGGAGAUCGACGUCCGUAACGGUAGAAACUAUGGAGAAAUCGCACAACAGGGAGAGCUAUUUUCCUUCGGAAAAGAAGGAUCAGGAGACGGUGAACUAUGUAGACCUUGGGGAAUUUGUAUAGAUCUUCGUGGACGCGUUUUAGUUGCUGACCGUAGCAACAACAGAAUUCAAAUUUUCGAUAAAGAUGGUAAUUUCCUUGAAAAGUUUGGCUCUGGAGGAACUCGUCCCGGAAAGUUCGAUAGACCCGCAGGAAUAACUGUAAACACUUUGAAUCAAAUCAUUGUUGCGGAUAAGGAUAAUCAUAGAAUUCAAGUUUUCGACGAGAACGGAACGUUUAUUCUUAAGUUUGGAGAACGCGGUAGACCAACUGGAAUGUUCAACUAUCCUUGGGGUGUUGCUACUAAUUCCGUGAAUCAUAUUGCUGUGUCUGACACAAGAAACCACCGAGUUCAGAUUUUCACGGCCACUGGUCAGUUCGUGCGAAAAUGUGGAUUUGAAACCGCUUACUUCUAUAAACAUCUCGAUUCACCGAGAGGGCUUUGCUAUUUGCCAGAUGGACAACUUCUAAUAACAGACUUCAACAAUCACCGCCUAGCGGUUCUGUCUGCUCGCAAUUCGCCCGAAAUGAAAGUUUAUGGCAGUGAAGGAGAUGUGAAGGGAAUGUUCUGUCGUCCUCAAGGUGUCAAAGCAGACAGUGAAGGUCAUAUCCUUGUCUGCGACUCUAGAAAUAACAGAAUACAGGUGUUCUCUGGAGAAGACAUGCGUUGCGUUGCCGUCUUUGGCGGAACUCCUGGCGGGACACCAACAGGAUCCCAAUCUUCACCUCAAAAUCAAAGUCCUAAUCAGAGUCAACAGCAGGGAUUCCAGAUGCCUCAAGAUUAUCCAACUCCUCUUCAGGCUGCUGCUCCUCAAAGUAUGAUGCCUUUCAUAGGAACAACAUCUGCUGCGCAAUUUUUGAAUAAUAGCGCUGUAGAGAAUGCCGGUGUUCAACCACCGAGACCACUGUUAGACCGUCCAACAGAUUUAGCUAUAUCCCCUGACGGACGUGUCUAUGUGGUUGACUUCGGCAACAAUUGCAUUCGCGUUUUCUAA